AUGGCAUUGAUCAUCAGUAUCUUUAACAACGAAAAAGGCACUGCUGGUCAAGUGCCAAGCGAUGUUCAACAACCUGGCGAUGGAAGUCCACUCUUCAGCUUCCAAGAUGCGGAAUCUGCAUAUGCAGGCAGAUACAUUGAAGCCCAGUACAGUUACAGCCCGUACGGCCGAGGCCUUCUUUUCACUGCCGGCUGCAACUAUGCGGUGCCAAAUACGCCGCUGGAUAACGACUGUACGAAAGCCUGUCGGAACAACAGCCAGAUUUUCUCUGACCCGUACACGGUGCAAAAUUGCAUGCUGAUGGCCUCGCUCGCCCCCAUCAGUAGUGGCUCUAUUGGUCAUCUUGAUGAAAACUCUGCCGACCAGUUGGAGGCUUUCCACAUCGAUGUCAAUGAUACAGACUUCCAAGAUCUGGCCGAAAAUAUAUACGGCAGCAUCUCCAGUUGUCUGAAUCAGUUUUGCGACUCAAAUGCUGGGUGUGGUUAUAACGCCUGUCCAUGGACAUAUGUUCGAGGAGUCGUAGAGUCUACCCAUGCCUCUUGCUUCAGCUCUAUCUGCUCUACCAGCGUACCCGCCCCACUAAACAGACGUCGGUGGUAUUGGGGUCUACAUCUCAUACUGUCUGCAAAGCGGUAUCGUGCUCGGAUCUUUCGUGCUGCUGAAACUACGUCACACUCACUUCUAUCAAACAUGCCUCCUACUGCUCCCGCCGCUGUGUCUAAUAUGGCCCUCUGCUUGGUCCAAAACCAAGUCUCGGGCUCAGGAUGUGCAGACACGUUUGCAAGAUUACUCGAAUUUCAGAAGGCUCGAUGCUUCUUCAUGCUCGCGAUUGACAUUGCAGCCCAGGUCCCGGUCAACCAGGGUACCUUGAAUCAGGGCACGACCUCCUUUCAAGGCCUGUACAGCAACUACAGCCUCAUCGGACUCAUUUCUGUUAGCGGCCUACUUCCCGUCACAUUCACCUUAUUGAGCCUGCACACGGGUGGGAUGCAUUCAUGGUAUCUGCCGAUCCGCUCCACCGACACUGCCACCUUGUCAGUCGCUACUUUCUACUACACUGGCAAUUUCAGCCCCUCGCCGGCUGAUUGUCACCAGCUCCAGACCGCCACAAACCAUCUCUACUCGCACUACGGAGACAGAGACCCUUCUGUAUUUUGUUUGCGAACGUAUCAAGAUAUCACCUCUUUAAGUAUAGCACAGAGAGGCAUCGGAGGCAUACCGCGCUUUACACUUUUUGUUGUCGCAAUUCUAAUAUUCGAUCGCUGUGGGGUGCAGGAGGCUCAAAUCAUUCAACGUUUUAUGAAAGGGAAUCUAAAGCAGCUAGAGAGUGCCCUCCGACCGGCCAAGCACAAUCAACGCUGCUUUAGUUUUGCACGCGCUCUUGCUUCAAUUGGCGUGACCGACGCACGAAGCUUUACGAACGCGGUAUCCGAAACGAUGUACUGCAUCUGGUUCUUGUUCUUUUUUGGCCUCUUCCUGGAAAAGCUAUCCUCCCCAACGAUAGUAGCAUAA